AUGGAGAAUAACAAGGAGUACUCGUGUAAUAACCAGAGCAAAGUUGAAGGUGGGAAUUUGGCCCUACAAUGUACUACAGAAAAUGAAGUAUAUUGUAAGAAUACUACAUUAGAUAAUAAUAACCAGAAUAAUAUACCAGAGAAUAAUCAUUAUUAUGAUAAUGAUUCAUAUUAUCCUAAAUAUGAUUAUUCGAAUAAUACUCAUAAUUAUGUGGAUUAUCAUAAUAUGAAUUAUCUGAAUUAUGCAUAUACCUAUAAUAAUUAUAAAAAUGAAAAUGGUUCAUGUAUUAAUUUGGACAAUAUAUAUUAUACAGAUGAUUAUUAUGCAAAUAAUUAUUAUCUAAAUAAUAAUUAUUCAUAUACUAAUUAUAAUCCUAAUAAUCUUUCAUAUUCUAAUUAUAACCGUAAUAAUCAAUCAUAUAAUAAUUGUCCUAAUUGUAAUUAUAUAUAUGAUAAUUGUCAAUAUGCUAAUUGUCCCAAUUGUAAUUAUCCCAAAGAUAAUUAUUCAAAUAAUAAUUAUUCAAAUAAUAAUUAUUCAAAUAAUAAUUAUUCAAAUAAUAAUUAUUCAAAUGAUAAUAAUUCAAAUAAUAAUUAUUCAAAUGAUAAUAAUUCAAAUGAUAAUUAUUCAAAUGAUAAUAAUUCAAAUGAUAAUUAUUCAAAUGAUAAUAAUUCAAAUGAUAAUUAUUCAAAUGAUAAUUAUUCAAAUGAUAAUUAUACAAAUGACAAUUAUCCAAAUAACAAUUAUCCAAAUAACAAUUAUCCAAAUAACAAUUAUCCAAAUAACAAUUAUCCAAAUAACAAUUAUCCAAAUAACAAUUAUCCAAAUAACAAUUAUCCAAAUAACAAUUAUCCAAAUAACAAUUAUCCAAAUAACAAUUAUUCAUAUUAUAAUUAUCCAAAAAACAAUUAUCCAUAUUAUAAUUAUCCAUAUAAUAGAUUUCCAUAUAUUUUUUAUCCAUAUAAUUAUUGUAUAUAUAAUAAUUUUAACAACAAUAAUACUCAUUGUUCAUUCGAUAAUGACAAGACAUAUAUCCCUACCAAUUGCAUGGAUAACUAUGUAGAUAAUUUACAAAGGAAUCAUUCUUAUGUUAACAUGAAUCGUACAUGCAAUUUUAAAAAUUUGCCUAAUAUGAACAAUGUGUAUAUACCUACCAAUCUAGCAUCUAAUUAUAGGGUACAUACUGCAGGUAUUAUUAACACUGAUAAUAAUAUGAAUAAUCAUGUAAAUAAUCAUAGCAGUAAUCAAAUUAAUAUGGAAAUAUAUAAUAAUAUGGAAACAAAGAAUGAUAUGGAAACAAAGAGUGAUAUGGAAACAAACAAUGAUAUGGAAGUAAACAAUGAUAUGGAAGUAAACAAUGAUAUGGAAAUAAAGAAUGAUAUGGAAACAAAGAAUGAUGUGGAAACAAAGAAUGAUAUGGAAAUAAAGAAUGAUGUGGAAAAAAAUAAUAUGGAAAAACAGAUUAUAGAAAUAAAGGAUAAUGUGGAAAAAAAGGAUUUGGAAAAAAAUAAUAUGGAAAAAAAGAUUAUAGAAAUAAAGGAUAAUGUGGAAAAAAAGAAUAUAGAAAUAAAGGAUAAUGUGGAAAAAAAGGAUAUGGAAAAAAAGAAUAUAGAAAUAAAGAAUAAUAUGGAAAAAAAGAAUAUAGAAAUAAAGAAUAAUAUGGAAAAAAAUGAUAUGGAAAAAAAGAAUAUAGAAAUAAAGAAUAAUAUGGGAAAAAAGAAUAAAGAAAUAAAGAAUAAUAUGGAAAAAAAGAAUAUAGAAAUAAAGAAUAAUAUGGAAAAAAAGAAUAUAGAAAUAAAGAAUAAUAUGGAAAAAAAUAAUAUGGAAAAAAAUGAUAUGGAAAAAAAGAAUAUAGAAAUAAAGAAUAAUAUGGAAAAAAAUAAUAUGGAAAAAAAUGAUAUGGAAAAAAAGAAUAUAGAAAUAAAGAAUAAUAUGGAAAAAAAGAAUAUAGAAAUAAAGAAUAAUAUGGAAAAAAAGAAUAUAGAAAUAAAGAAUAAUAUGGAAAAAAAGAAUAUGGAAAAAAAUAAUAUGGAAAAAAAGAUUAUAGAAAUAAAGGAUAAUGUGGAAAAAAAGGAUAUGGAAAAAAAGAUUAUAGAAAUAAAGAAUAAUAUAGAAAAAAAUGAUAUGGAAAAAAAGAAUAUAGAAAUAAAGAAUAAUAUGGAAAAAAAGAAUAGUAUAAACAAUAUGGAUGAUAGCAGAGAAAAAGUGCCUUUGAAAAAUAAAGUCAUUAAAAUGGUUAGUCCAUUGGAUGGUAACUCAAAAAAUAUAAAUACUCUUGGUAAUGACAAAGAAAAUAAAAUUAAUCAAGAUGUUGACGCAAAAAAUAUUAAUAUUAUGAAUGAUACCUCUAAAGAUGUAAAUAAUACAAAUGGAAACUCAAAAGAUGUAUAUAAUUCAAAUUGUUACUCAAAAAAGAGAUGUUAUUUAAAUUAUUUCUUAGAACAUGGACAUAAUUUAGAUUAUUACUUAAAAAAGAGACCCUAUUUAAAUUAUCCCUUAGGAAAAAGAUAUAAUUCAGAUAAUUCCUCAAAAAAGGAAUGUAAAUCUGAUAAUAACUCAGAAAAUAUAAUUAAUAUAAAAGAUAACAAUAAAAACAAGAAUAAUAAAGAUGAUAAAUUAGAAAAAAAGAAUAAUUCAAAUGAUACUACAGAAGAUGUAUCUAAGAAAAAUGAUGACAAAUAA